AUGGCCCGCCUAAAGCAAACGCUACCGGGCUCUGUCAGGCCUCAAACCGCCAUUAAAAAACAACCAAUACCACUGAAUCGGAAGCUCGAAACGAAGCGCCAGUUGAGGAGUGACAAGGACGAGUCGUCUGCGGUGAUAAAAGCCAAGAAACGUUCCAGGCCCGGUGUGAAAGCGCUGAAAGAGAUUCGUCAUCUACAACGCACGACCGAACUGCUCAUUCCCCGUUUGUCGUUCCAGAGAGUUGUGCGAGAUAUCGCCAACAAAAUCACUGCGGAGAGAGGAAUCAAAGAGGAUUACAGGUGGCAAUCCAACGCUUUGCUGGCUCUCCAGGAAGCGGCGGAAGUUUAUCUUACAUGCCUUUUUGGAGACACCAAUCUAGCUGCUAUUCAUGCUCGGAGGGUGACCAUAAUGAACAGGGACAUCGAACUGGUCCGUAGGAUCCGUGGAGAAAAA